AUGAGAAUUCACUAUUCGCUUUUCAAGCAUGCGACCUGGCACACCCACAGGAAACAGGACCUGGAGGCACAGGCAGCGGAUGCACUUGAUGCGUUCACGACUGUUUGUUUUUGCAAAGCAGCCGAAAACCCUGCCAAGAAAGCUUUGGAAAAUUUGGGUGUCUUGUUGCUAAACUUGGAAGAUGAUUCCUGGGGCCCUGCUGUUUUGGCCUUUGGCCCGGUUUUGUCAUGGCCACAGACCAGGUUGAGAACCACCAGGCGGAGCUUUUGUGUUGUCAUUGGACAGUUGUGGCGCAAGCUGUUGUAUCCAUGGUCACAAUUUCCAUGGAAGCUGGCUGUUUUGGUAGACCCAGCAGAAACGGCAGCGAACAAAGAAAGCUGCGCAAAAAAACUGUUUGAUGUUCCGCAUUGCUGCCUGGAUGGUUUCUCCAGAAAACUGAAUGAAAGGACAGCCGAUCCUGAGGGGUUAGCCCAAGUUGAUGUUUUGAAUUUUUUGGAGGAGGUUUUUAACCGGGUGGUGCCAACAUCAACCUUUAUCGAGCGCAUGUUUGCACGCUUGAGUGAAUGGAGCACUCCUCGCAAAGGCCCCAAACCAAAGCUAUCCAGUGUGUGUGCCAAGCAUUGCAACCACCAGUUUGAGCAAUGCGUUUCUUUGUGGCGCCUGAACACCCUGAAAGUUAAAGGCAGGAACAAGCACAACAGGCGACCUGCAUGGGUGAUGCCAGCCAACACAGUUGUCAAUGGCUGGAACUUAUUUCAGCAAGAUUUGAUCGCUCGCAAUCCAGCUUUGCAGAACUUGGAUUCCGUGGAUGACGCGGCUUCAAGCCAAGUUCCCGAGCAGACCGGUGGGCCUUGGAACGCUGCCUCGAGCCACGGCUUUCCUUUGGCUAGGCAUCUCAUUGCAGACAAGUGCCACGAGGCCACCAAGGUUGGUACUGCAUUUCGGAAGGCACACAAUGUGCUGCAACCUGAAGGUGCUGACAGCAUGUCUGGUGAGCCAGACCCGCAGUGGCCUUUGCUUGCCCCCUGCCCGGUCGAUGCGUGUGAGCAUUGCCUACCUGAGGCAAGCAGGCCCACCAUGAGCCGUCUUUUGGACUUGUUCUGGAAAGUGAUUCUGAAGCAGGCUCCAAGCCUCAAGGCCACAGGGUCUGAACCUUUGGUUGUGUCGUUUCAUUCGCCAAGCACCCGAAGAAUUCACGAUGUGGCCGUGAUGUUCCACACGUUGCGGGCUCCACAUCAAGCGGCUCUUUUGGUUCUCCAUAGAGAAGAGUCCCCAGAACUGAUGGCAGAUGGCAUUUUGGCCAGCUUGCACGCUAGCCCUUUGGGCAGGUUCAGGGGACAGCUUGACAUUUUAAGCGAAAGCAUGCUCUUGGCAAAAAUGGCCACAGAGGCGCAAGAUUGGGAGAUGCGGAUUGCCAGGCUUGGGCGGGUUCAGUUGCUAAGCCGCUUUGAUGUUAUUGGUGAGUCAGCAAUUGACGAAGAUGAGUACCUGGAUUCGAGGCGAUCGCGUGAACAAAUGGAAGCCAACGCGGCUUUGGCUGCAUUCGCUUUGGCACACCCGGCUGAGCAGCCUAAACGCACAAGUGCAAAAAAGCCUGGCCAAGGCCCGGCCCAGAGACCCAAGACACAAGCACAAAACUCUUUGCAACAGGAGAAGAAGCUCCAGGGAAUCAUUCCAUUUCUCUCGGAUUCGGAGUCUUCUCACGCGGAAGACUUUGGAGCUGAAAAGGCCAAGGCCAAGGCGGCCACGGCAGCAAGCUUGGCAGUUGACGAAGCCGAGGUUUGGCUUGGAAGCGGCUGCGAAGAGGUUGCAGCCCCAGAGCCAGCAGGCAACGCAGCGGCUUCAAGCCGGGAUCCUGCCACCCAAAGAGGAACGGUCCAACAUCGCGCCACAACUUGGGGCUGUUUUACAAUUGGGCGGCACACAUCCAAGUUUUUUGGAGACGGUUGGGUCGCAACCUGCGGCAUGCAUCACAACUCAGACGACAAGACUGGCGUGGUGUGCAGAAAGGUGCUUCCUGUGCAGAACCUGACUGAGGCGGAAUGCAAGCUUCGCUUGAAGCGCUGGCUUGUAGCCGGGUUGGAUGAAGCCAGCAUGGGGGGCAGUAAAGCCAGGUCUUUGCACCUUGCCAAAGGCGGCCCAAGGUUGAACCACUUUGCCACAGGCCUUCCCGAAGAGGAGCUUGACAAGCGCGUGGGGGCAUGA